GCUCACUUGGGGGAGGAGCCCCGCAGCCUCCACCUACAAGGGCGUCCCCUAAGGGGACGGAGGCCGCAAGGGUCGCCGCGCCGGGAAAUCUCCGCGCCCAGCUGGAGCGGCUGUGCGGGCUGCGCAGCGGUGCUAGGUCGGGCCGAGGUGCCACCCACCCGGAGCCGGCUGUUGCGGAGGCGGCUUGCUUCCCACCUGUCCAUCUCCGUAAAAGGCCCUAAGGGAAACAUGCCCACGUGUCCAGAGGUUUUCAGGACUUGGUGCAUUGCAGAUGAAGGCUUUUCCAGAAGCUUCCCCGUAGAAGAGGAUCAGGCUUCCAACUGGUUAAGGGAUGCCAGAAGGUCCGUUGGUGAGGAAAUUUCACCAUUUGGUCUCCCCCUUUGUGGGUCAGCAGGUGGUCAAGACAGGGGGCAGCAGUAAGAAGCUACAGCCCGCCAGCCUGCAGUGUCUGUGGCUCCAGGACACCCAGGUCAAUGGAAAGAAAUUAUUCCUUAGAUUUGAUCCAGAUGAAGAAAUGGGGCCCCCUGGCAGCAGCCCACCGCCAGAGCCUCCACAAAAAGAAGCGCAGAAGGAAGGGGCUGCGGACCCAAAGCAGGUUGGGGAGCCCAGCGGGCAGAAGACCCCUGAUGGAUCCUCACAGUCUGCAGAACUCGUUCCCCAGGGCGAGGAUGAUUCUGAGUAUUUGGAGAGAGACGCCCCUGCAGGAGAUGCUGGGAGGUGGCUGCGUGUCAGCUUUGGUUUGUUUGGCAGCGUUUGGGUGAACGAGUUCUCCAGAGCCAAGCAAGCCAACAAGAGAGGGGAUUGGAGGGACCCUUCCCCGAGGUUGGUCCUGCACUUUGGUGGUGGUGGCUUCCUGGCAUUUUAUAAUUGUCAGAUGUCUUGGAGCUCUUCCCCAGUGGUCACACCCACCUGUGACAUCCUGUCUGAGAAAUUCCAUCGAGGACAAGCCUUAGAAGCUCUAGGCCAGGCUCAGCCUGUCUGCUAUACACUGCUGGACCAGAGAUACUUCUCAGGGCUAGGUAUGACUCAUGGGAAAGGGGUGAGUCCACAGAGUUGCUUCAUGGAAAAGUCGCUCCUGUGGGAGUCACAAGACCUGAGGCCCACCCUAAUUGUGCCAGUGCUGUUGGUCUUGAGGUGCCGCUUGCUUAAUCUCCUUUGUUUUACUUCCCUUGUUUUUAGACUGAGGGCAUUAGAUCAGGCAGUUUUUAACUUGUCUCUCGGCUUCAGAAUCCACACCCUAACUGUGUUAUCAGUUGUGAGCCCUCUGCCAGCAGCGUUGGAGCAUCACCUCCUAAAGGGCGGGGUCAUGUCUGGGGUACCUCUGUACCCUCCACUGCACAGUGCAGCGCCUGCACAUAGGAGGUGCCUGACCUGUGUCUGUAGGAACUGAAGUCGUGCAGGCUGCUAACAGAGGAGUGAGUGCAUGUUCUAAGGGAUGCUGCUCUUGGGUGGAUGGAGCUUCCUGCCCUGGCCAGAGCACAGAGAUGACUCAGUCUACACUGGGUUCUUAUGCGACGCGAGUGAAGGAGCAGUUUCCCUCUCUCUAUUGCAGCGGCAUGAGCAAUGAAACUGCGAGCAUUUCAGGAUAGAGAGAAGAGCUAAACAAUUUCAAAAAUACAUAUAACAGCUAAUUAGCGGGACUAUGACAGCGUGCCAUUCUUAUUACUCACAGCAGGGGAAUAAUUGUGCCCAAAAUUGGCUGCUGAAGCAAUCAGGCAGGUUGGUGGUGACAGAGUCACCUCCAUAUCCAACAUGUGGCUUUGCUGCCUGCUCACCACCCCUCACGAGGGUCGGAGGAGGCCAGGUGGUGCAGCAGGCACCAGCCUUGCAUUUUCAUGUUAGGACCAUGGGAGUCCCUGUGCACUCAGGAGCGAAGAGCCGUCGGAAAUGGCUUUUUGGGUAUAUAUGACAAGAGCUAACAGUAACAGUAGUAAUUAAUAACAGCCAGUGUUUUCCAAGCAGCUCUGAUGUGCCAGGCACACGUUUUUGUCCUUACUGCUGUCCUGUAGGAUGGUUAUAGUGGUUUUCCCUUCCUUCAGAUGAGGAAACUGAAGCAGAGAACACAUCGCUAGUAAAUGGUGCAGCUGAGACGUGAAUCCAGGUAUUCUGUCAACGAAUUCUGGAGAGACUGAUGUGUGUAAUGAGUGUGAUUAUGAGGCUCUUGGAAAGAGCAGGAAUUUCCUUCACCCGCUCACUCCAAACACACAGACACUCACUUGACUGUCACGCUCACCACCUCUCCUUAAGGAGAUCAUUGUUUAAUGGCCCAGCAAGCACAGACUCAGUCCACUGUGGGUUACUAAAGAUUGCAAUGAAUGCCUGGUGGAGCUGAAAGAGUAUGGUUGGAACAUUCCAAAGAGAGUUACUGGUUCUGGAAGGAGGGAUCGAGGCUGGCUUCACAGAGAAUGAGGCAAGAGUAGAAACAUAAUAAGAUAACACCGCCCCAAACGCUUUCUACAUAACAAGCAUUAUGCCUGGUAUUUCAUUUUAUUUUAUUUUUUGACACAGGGUCUCUCUCCUCUCUGUCGCCCAGGCCGGAGUGCAGUGGCACAAUCACAACCCACUGCAGCCUCAGCCUUCGUGGCUCAAGCGAUCCUCCCACCUCAGCCUCCUGAGUAGCUGAGACUACAGGUGCAUGACACCGUGCCUCACUAAUUUUUAAAAUUUUUGUAGAGACAAGCUCUCACUAUGUUGCCCAGGCUGGUCUUGAACUUUUGGGCUCAAGUGAUCCUCCUGCCUCUGCCUCCCGAAGUGCUGGGAUUACAGGCGUGAGCCACUGUGCCUAGCUAUGCUUGACAUUUUGUUUUUAAUUAAAAAAAAAAUUUUUUGAGACAGAAUCUCGCCCUGUUGCCCAGGCUGGAGUGCAAUGGCACCAUCUCAGAUUACUGCAACCUCCGCCUCCCAGGUUCAAGUAAUUGUUGUACCUCAGCCACCUGAGUAGCUGCAAUUACAGGCAGGUGCCACCAUGCCUGGCUAAUUUUUGUAUUUUUGGUAGAUAUGGGGUUUCACCAUGUUGUCCAGGCUGGUUUGAACUCCUAGCCUCAAGUGAUUCACCCGCCUCUGCCUCCUAAAGUGCUGGGAUUACAGGCAUGUACCAGGCUGACAUUUUAAAUAAUAACAACAGUUAAUAUUUAUUGAGUACUCUACAUACCAGCCACUGUGCUCAGCGUUUUUUGGUGAAUUCUCAUUUACUGCUCACAAAAACCAGGUAAGCCAUCCCUGCCUUACAGAUAAGGAAACUGCAGCUAAUUGAGGCUGAGGAGCUUGCCAGGGCCACAUGGGAAGGAUCUGCUUGAGCUGCGAUUCAAGUGCGGGCAGUCAGAUGCCCAAUCCUUUUUUGAUAGCCUGUUUGUCAUGACGGGCCAUGCGUGAGUUUCAUUUCAUCUUCACAGCAACCUUAAAGGUAGGAGUUGUCAACUCCAUUUUACAGACAGAGAAGUGGAGUCAGAGAUCGCAGACCCGCCCAGGGUCCCACAGGAUGUGGAAGAGCUGAUUUCUGCCUUGUUAACUUUGUGGGUGGUUUCAUCAUGCCGUGUGUCCUUUCUCCUUCCCUUAUGUUCCCCCGCUUUAUUUCAGGGAACAUCAUUAAGAAUGAAGCCUUGUACAGAGCUGGGAUCCAUCCCCUUUCUCUUGGUUCAGUCCUGAGUGCCUCGCGUCGGGAGGUCCUGGUGGAUCACGUGGUGGAGUUCAGUACAGCCUGGCUGCAGGGCAAGUUCCAAGGCAGACCGCAGCGCACACAGGUCUACCAGAGAGAACAGUGCCCUGCUGGCCACCAGGUUAUGAAGGAGGCGUUUGGGCCCCAAGAUGGGUUACAGAGGCUCACCUGGUGGUGCCCACAGUGCCAGCCCCAGUUGUCAGAGGAGCCAGAGCAGCGCCAGUUUUCCUAAGGAGCUGGUGGUGCUCUUCAUGGAACCUUGCCCCUUGGGGAACGUGACGUCUAAGUGUCCAGAAAGGAGGAUGUGGGCAGGGACGGGGUACAGAGGAUAUAGUGUGGGUCAGAGGUGCCAGUAUUACAAUAUUCAUCUCCCUGGAGUUAUGUUGAAGGCAGAGUUUUCAUAGGGUUAGAUUUUUUUUUAUCCUUUUCUAGUUCAGUUAAUUCAUCCUAUGGAAUUGCACCAUAGUGAAAGAUGAGAAAAAUCGUGAUAAUGGGUAAGGGGAAAACUUCCCGGAAGGCAAUGGGGCGAGGAAAAAGAAAGUCUAUGGGAAAUGGCUGUGCUCCCAACAUGGCUUUGCGGAUGAUGUGGGGUUUUUUUUUUUUGGUUUUUGUUUUGAGACAGAGUCUUGCUCUGUCUCCCAGGCUAGGGUGCAGUGGCGUGAUCUUGGCUUACUGCAGCUUUGCCCUCUCAGGCUCAAGCAGUCCUCACCUCAGCCUGCAGAGUAGCUGGGACUACAGGCAUGUGCUGUGAUGCCCGGCUGAUUUUUGUUUACUUUUUAGAGAGAUGGGGUCUUGCCAUAUUGGCCAGGCUGGUCUUGAACUCCUACAACUCAAGCAAUCCUCCCACCUGGGCCUUCCAAAAUGUUGGGACCACGGGUGUGAGCCACCGCGCCCGGCUGGCUCCUGUGUUUUGUUUUUGUUUUGUAACUUUGGUUGAUGUUAAGGCCCUCCAUUUUGGAAAGCAGGAAAACAGGAUUUUUUUUUUUUUUUAUCUUGUUCCCCUGGAGGAUCCAGGGAUGAGGAUAGAGUGGCCUGAGAGCAGUGCUUGGAUUCAGCCUCCUGCUGGGUGCUUCCUGCUGGACACAGGCACCAAGAGGCACGGGGGUGGAGCAGGGAGCUGCACCUUUCUGGGGUGCUUGGUGGUCUGUAGAGAAAAGCUGCGUGUUUACUCCUUAAGUCAAUGUAUUGGUGACUGUUGAUAUGUUGAACAAUUCAGGAGUCAAGGGCUGUGGAGAAACUCCCUCAGGUUGUUGGCAACAGGUGAAUGAAGCUAGAGCGGUGACAUGAAAAUAAAGCUCACUGUUACUUGC